UCGACUGCUAGCCACAUAGUCUACAUGAUGAAAGACGGCGCAGUGUCAUUUUUCCAUCAUUUGGACGCCGACGAAAUGUUUCACUUUCACAUGGGCGAUCCGAUCACGAUUGUCGAGCUGAGCAAAGACGUUCCCGGACACACGAGAAAGACGAUUAUGGGUACUGACAUCCGUGCUGGCCAAAGUUUGUUUCACGUUGCCAAGCUUGGUACCUGGUUUGGAAUUAUUGCAUCGGCUGAUGGUAGAGGAGGCUGGAGUCUUCUCGGUAGUUCGGUUACGCCUGCUUUCCAGCUUUCUGGAUCUAAGAGUGGAGUAAGGCGGGAGUUGAUGGAAGAGUAUCCAGAUGCUAGAGAUACAAUUCUCAAGAUGACUUGCGACAGUUGAGACUGGAGAACUUUCGUUAGCUGCUAGAGUUCAUGCAGACAAUGAAGUGUUUCCAAAACAUGUUUGUUUAUCUACGCGUCGAUUUGCAAAUGGAUAGUUAAUGAUUGAACUACAAUUCCAGUUGUUUCUGAUUGCUCUAU